CCGACCCGACCCCACCUGGGAAGCCUGUAUGGCAAAGGCUCACAACCACACCAGCCGCUCGCCUCGGGCGCAGCGGCAGGCGGAGGCGAAAAAAACAAAAAGGAAUCGGGGAUCUCCUGAUUCGGGAGGAGGAGGAAGGAAGGGGAGGAGGGAGGAGGAGGAGGAGGAGGAGGAGGAGGAGGAGGAGGAGGAGGAGGAGGAGAUCGAAGCUCCCGAAAGGAGCACAGAUGAUGGCCAGCAUCCGGGCGCGGCGCGCGGGCGCUCGGCCCGCCACCUCCGCCGGGAGCUCGCAAAAGGGCGCGCGUCGGCCCUCGCAGCGAUUGGCUGCGGAGGGCCUGCGGGCCACACGCCUGCGGUUCAUAACGAUUGAGGAAAAAGAUUCUGCAAGUCACACGGCCCGGCAAGCUGGCAGGCGACGAGCGUCAAGGAAUGGCCUAGAAGCGGUGAUGCUGCUGUGAUCUGGGCUGCUGGCGUGGACCCGUAACUUCGUCGUCGCGGCGCUCUUCUGACGCGUCCCACCCGCCCCAGGCCUCGGACAGGAAUUCUCCCCUCCCUCCAUC